AUGAAUAAGAAUCGGUCAACAGAUCAUAUCAAAGAUUUGGUGAAUCGUUGUCCACAGGACCGAAGCGUAAAGCAUUUCACAGAUUUGGUGAGAUAUUUUUUCCUUCCACAAAACCCAAGCCCAACAUCAGAGCCCAUUGAAGUAAAGCUUAGACCUUGUGAUGGAAUUAGAUAUAAUGCAACAAAGCUUGGUGAGGCAGGGUUGAAAUUCACUAAGCCAGAUUUAAAAAGAGAUUUACUUGAUAUAAAUUUGCCGAGCAAUGAAUGCUUAGAAACGUUCCCGUGCUUCAAUCUCUCAUGGCUCUUGUCUUGCUUACCCUUCCUGAAAAGCGAUUGCUUGGAACGCCAAGUGCAACGUUGCUUGGAAGUCCCACCCCUUCGUGUCGACGACACUACCGAAGAUCUUUUCCGAAACCUGAUGGCCUUGGAGCAGUGCCAUUAUCCAGAUAAAACUUACAUCUGCGAUUACAUUGUGCUGUUGGAUGAUCUUAUCACAACUGAAGCAGAUGUAAUGUUGCUUGUUGAAAACGAGAUCAUUGAUAACAAUUUAGGUUCCAACGCUGCUGUGACGAAACUGUUUAACAACCUCGGUCUGGAGAUUGCACUACCUCGAAAUCCCCAUUACGACAACCUCCGUCAACAGCUUAAUGUGUACUCCAGGAGCAGUUGGAAUCGUCUGGUAGGAACCUUGACUAAGGUGUAUUUCUGA